CUUUCUUCUUUUUUUUUUUGGUUUUCUUUUCCUUACUUUAUAUUACUCUCAUUUUGUUUGUUCGUUUGCUCGUCUUCUCUUGUUUAUCAUGAAGGAGGCUUAUGUGACUUUAGUUGCAACUGACUCUUAUGCUGCAGGAGCACUUGUCUUGUUUCAUAAAUUAAGUGAGCUCGGCUCUAAGAAAGAUCAAGUCUGCUUAAUUACACCUAAUAUAUCACUUUGUGUACAAGACACAUUAAAAAAGGUUUGUACACAAGUCAUCAUGGUAGACUUAUUGCGUUCAACGGAUAAGAAAAAUCUUGAAUUACUCGGUCGUCCUGAACUGGAUAUCACUUUUACUAAAAUACAUCUUUGGCGUUUAACACAAUAUUCAAAACUUGUUUUCUUGGAUGCUGACUGUUUUCCAUUAAAGUCAGAUGUGGAUAAACUCUUUGACCAUCCUUCAUUUUCUGCUGCCCCUGAUGCAGGUUGGCCUGAUUGCUUUAAUUCUGGUGUCUUUGUUACUGUGCCUUCCGAAAAGAUAUAUCAAGACUUAAUUCAACUUGCAUCCGAAAAUGGUUCUUUUGAUGGCGGAGAUCAGGGACUUUUAAACACUUACUUCAGCACUUGGUGUAAUUUACCUUCUCACCGUUUACCAUUCACUUUUAAUACUACACCUACUGCACAAUAUGGUUAUGCACCUGCUCAUAAUCAAUUUGGCCGAAAUAUUUCUAUUUUCCAUUUCAUUGGAGAAAAUAAACCAUGGAAAUAUCAACGAUUCGCCGACGGUAAAGUAUUACCUUUAGGUAAUACAUGGGAAGGUAUUAAAGAGAUGGUUCAAGAAUGGUGGAAUACUUGGGAUAAAUUUUAUGGACGCAUUUCACCUUAUCAUUUAUUAUCUGGUAAAUUCAUUGAAGAGUUUGAUGAUGGAUUUCAAACAUGUCCUAUUGUACCUUUUGAUGAAAACGUGAAAAAUGCUUGGGAAAAUCAAAAUAUUAAAGUAUAUGAUGAACGUAGACAAACUAAACCUAUGCCUCCUAUUUCUCAUAUUACCAUUGGUCAACCUGACUGGUUAAAGGAAGAAUUACUAAGAAGUGAACAGCAAAAGAAGCAAGAAGAGGAGCGAAAACGUGAAGAAGAACGUCAAAAGAGAGAACAAGCAGAGAAAGAAGAACGUCAAAGGAGAGAACAAGCAGAGAAAGAACAACGUCAACGUCAAGAAAGGGAAGAACAUGAUCGCUUACAAAAAGAACAACACACUCAAGAAGAUGUUCCCAACAAAAAUAACCAUUAUAGUAUGAUUGAAUGGGAUCCCGCUCAUCAAGAACCACCCAAGACGGGAAAGUUAAGUGCUAAUAUUCCCGAUUUGUCCAAUUAUACAAACGUGUGGGACCAACCUCUUGACGUCCAACAGAGUCAUACAUGGGUUGCACCUGUACAUCAUCCUGAGCCUGAAAUCUUAUCUAAGCCCGAAUAUUCUAAUUAUCAUCCCGACGAUUAUGCUCCAGAUGCUCAUUAUUCACCUAUUCAUACCAAUUAUCCUUCUCAUCAACAAGAAUAUCCUCAAGAACAACACCACCACUACCAAGAAGAGCAUCAUGAAGAAGAACAUUACCAAGAACAAUAUUAUCAGGAACAACAUCAUCAAGAAGAGCAUCAUCAAGAAGAGCAUCAUCAAGAAGAACAUCAAUCGGAAUUUCAUCAAGAAGAGAAUCAUCAAAAAGAACAUUACCAAGAGGAACAUCGUCAAGAAGAGCAACAUCAUGAAGAACCCAUUUAUUACUCUUCUUUCCCUUGGGAGUCAAAUCCAGAUCAUUUUCCUCCUCCUUCUCGUAUAUGGUUAGAUGAACAACCGCAUCAUGAACCUGAACAUCAUCAUGAACCUGAACAACAUCAUGAACCUGAACAUCAUCAUCAUGAGCCUGAACAUCAUCAUCAUGAGCCUGAACAUCAUCAUUAUGAAUCCAAAUCGAAUGAAGAGCAAUAUAUAGUCGAGUCUAAUUCAAUUCCUCAAGAAGAAAAUAAUCAAACGGAAUCUGUUCGACAACCUGAAAUGGAAAAUCAAAUACGUGAGUUACAAAUAUCUCAUCAAGAGGAGCAAUAUCCUCUUGUAACCGAAUCCAAACACAUAUUAGAAGAGGAUCCAAAUCUAUUUGCUAUUGAUAAAUUGAUGAGCCCCUCUGCACAAACCAAGAUUGAAGAAUUUAUUGCUUCCUUGAUAGAAGAAGAACAGGAUGAUAAUGAUAUCAGUGAUCGUGAUCUAAUUCCGAUCAAUUUUAAGCCUACAAGCCGACUUCACACCGGUAUGUAUACACCUUCACCAGGUAGUAGUCGCCAAGGAAGUCGUUCGAACAGUCGAAGAACAAGUGUGUCCUCUAGUAGACGUAAUUCAGUCUACUAUAGUAGCAAUAAAUCUACUCAACCAGCAGAGGCCCUCUCACCUGAGACGCCCAUCAACAGAACCUAUCCUAUUUUGCCUGAGAAUGAACAACCAAUACAGCAAUCGAAUAUGUUUGCCUCUGCUGAUUCCUCAUCCUCUAUGUAUAAUCGAAAGACACCUUAUACAUCUGCCGCUGUCACACCUGUUGCUCGCGUAUCACCCGAAGAGCGUGACGAUUACAGCCAAUACGAUUACUUUGGCUCCGAUUUGACGACUACGUCAAAUCCCGAUUUUUUAUAUAACCAUCAGUAUUCCUUAGCAGAUUCCCUGGCGGCUUUAGAAUCAAGUUUAACCAAGGAGGAAUGGGAUCCAGAGAGGGCAUUGACAGAACUGAAGGAACAUAGUGAAGGGAUGGUCUUACGUCAAUCUCUCAAGGAUGCACUUGCAACAUCAUCUCAUCCAUUAGAGGAUAAAAAGGGCGUGCAAAAAGAUGACGACGACAUGGAUGCUAUUGACCUCUUGCCUCCUCCUGCUGCUGCUGCUGCUACUGCUCAACAAGCCAAGAAAGAGGGUCAAAAAUCAUCAUCAUCAUGGGAUGAGGAAGAAGUCUGUGAAUCUCCAAACGCUCCUAUCUCAGACGAAUCCUCUCCUCGUACCCCUUUAAUACGUAGCAUGUCGAAUUCGGAUUUGUCCAAGGAGAUUGCUAUAGAAAAGGAAAGAUAUCGUCAGCAAAGAGCUUCAUUGAUGUUGGCUCAACCUCAAGCCGCUGUGGCCUCCAUGUUGGAAGCAGAACUUGAUUUAUCUCGUGGUACUUUAUUUAAACGACGUUAUUAUGAUGACAUUAUUGUGGACCCCGAUUUGGCUGUUGAUGAGAAAGAUAGUCUACUAGUGGAACCUACUUCUACUAUUAACGCUUCGUUGGUAAAGAAGCCAACUGAGUUAACGGCAUCUAAGGUGGCUAUGAGUGGCGAUGAUGAGGAUAAAGAGGAGGAAGAGGAUAUCUUGUUUGUGCCACCUAUUGAUCAAAAUAUUGCCUUUUAUGAUGACUGUGUGAUUAGAGAAUCACAAAGACGUCUUAGGGCUCUGGUCAUUGGCGAAAAUGAUGAUUCUGAAUUAUCAUCAUUAGAUAUAACGAUGCCUCUACCUAUUGCUACAGGUACUCAUCAUACACAAUUGAAUGUGUCAAAGCAACCCCUUCAUAUGUACCAACGUGAUGAAACAAAAAAUGAUCCUCAACCCUUUGGAUUGUCAUGGAAUAGUAGAGCCUACGAAUCAAACUUUGGAUUUGACGAAAAACAUAAACUUCAUAUCUAUCGACCUGAGCUCGUGUUGAGUCAAGAUGCAGCAGCUGAAAUUCAAUCGUUCAAUCCCGAGAUUGAGCUUGUGAAAACAGAGGACCCUAUUACAAAAAGAAAAAAUCGAUUAGCAGCAGCGAAAAAAAUGAAAGAAGAACAGCAAGAAGAAGAGGAUCCAACUGUAGUUUGCUGUAAAGAAAAGGCUCCUGAACAGUCAGCGAUGACAGAGAAAAAAGAAGAAAAGGAUCCGAAUGUAGUUUAUUGUAAAGAAAAGGCUCCUGAACAGUCAGCUGUGAAAGAAGAACAGCAAGAAGAAAAGGAUCCAAAUGUAGUUUGCUGUAAAGAAAAGGCUCCUGAACAGUCAGCGAUGACAGAGAAAAAAGAAGAAGAAGAACCUCAAAAGAAGAUUAAAAAUACUUCAGAUUUAUUAGCAUAG